AUGGGGGACAGUUUGACUGAAGAGGAAAUUCUGAGGCUGCUGGAAGAAUCUGGAUCUGAAAUUGACGAUGAUGGAUUUCAAACUGAAAAUAGUUCUUCUGAAAUAGAUGGUAACAACGAGUGGUCCGAAAAUGAAAAUGAGCCAUCAGAUGUAUUAGAAGAGUGUGAAGCUCCCAUUCAAAAAGGCAGAGGCAGAAUACAACAACAGCAGUCCCAAAACAACGUUGUUGAAUGGGUAAAUGACGAUGUCCUACAACAAUUACCGCUCUUUGAAGGCGUAAGUAAUGUCUUGGCACCUUUGAGCGCCGAAAGCACUGAAUUUGACUGUUGGAGCGUCUUUAUUGACGCAAAUGUCAUCAAAAAUAUAAAGACAGAAACAAACCGCUACGCUGCAGCAACAAUUUCCAAAUUGCGGAUGCAAAAUAAAAUAACUUCCAGGUCGCUUUGGGCCAAUUGGUCUGCUGUGAAGCUACAUGAGAUAUAUCAGUUUUUUGCUAUAAUUAUUCACAUGUGCCUUGUAAACAAACCAAAUACUAUGGACUACUGGAGCAAUGACCUAAUGCUAGAUUCCUCCUUACCUGCAAAAAUCAUAAAAAGAGACAGAUUUAGGUCAAUUUACUUUAUGCUUCACGUAAAGAACAACGACAAUUAUGUACGAAGGGGUCAACCAAACCAUGAUCCUAUACACAAAAUCCGACCUUUUUUUGAUAACUUUGUACUGAAAAGCAAGAACAGUUUUUCUCCUGGCGAGAAUCUCACAGUUGAUGAAGGUUUAUGUCCAUUCAGAGGGAGAAUUCGAUUUCGAGUAUAUAUCAAGAGCAAACCGAGCAGGUAUGGUAUAAAAUUUUUCAUUCUAAGUGAUUCAGCAACAGGAUAUGUUUUGAACUGUGAAGUGUACACCGGUGCAGGUGAAAAAGACAACAGUGCAGAUUCAGUGGUGCUACGUUUGUGCAACAGUUAUCUACGUAAGGGUCAUACAUUGUACAUGGACCACUUUUAUACUUCUGUAAAAUUAUUUGAAAAGUUGUUUGAUGAGGGCACAUCUGCUGUUGGCACAGCAAUGAGAAACAGAAGAGGCCUACCACAGGAAUUCAAACAGAAUAAACUAAGAAGAGGUGAAAUCGUAUUCAAGAGAAAAAAUUCCGUGCUAGCACUUCACUGGAAAGAUACUAGGGAUGUGUUUGACCUUUCUACCAAACAUAGAAUGACAAGUAGUGUUACUAAGACAAAAUCCAAGGCUGGAAUGGUAGAAAAACUGAAGCCUGAUCUCAUACUUAAUUAUAAUAAAAAUAAAACUGGUGUUGAUCAUAGAGAUCAGCUGGUGACCUACUAUUAUUUUCAACGACAAACAAUGAAAUGGUGGAAAAAGAAACUUCGGCCUGUCUCUCACAAACGAACCAGCUUGUUUACUUUUAUGGUGAACCUGGGAAAACAAAUACUGGAGAAAUCCGGCGAAGUUUUCAACGAAAAUGAAAAGCAGGGUUCAGCAGCAAACAGGCUAACAGCAAGGCAUUUCCCUACUCACGUCCCAUCGACAACAAGCAAGAAAUAUGCAUCAAGAUAUUGCAUUGUUUGCUCUGAGAAGGGCGCACGGAGUACUGGCAAACGAGUGAGAAGGGAGACGAGAUGGUGGUGUGAAGAAUGUAAUGUAGGAUUGUGUCUACCUGACUGUUUCAAGCAAUAUCACACAAAGACAAAUUUUACUCAAUGA